UGGGCCCAUUCCAGUCAACUCCCACAGUCAAAACCCUCUCUCACUCUCUUACUCUCACUCUCACACGCACACACACAUUCUCAGAGUCACAAGCCUUCGUUUUUGUGGUUCCCAAAUGUGUUAACAUACUGGCUCGUUGUUUCUUACCCCACUUCUCUUUGCUCUCUUGGUGAGUGGAACUUUCCCUCUUGGUCUCGACCAUGGCCGUGUACGGACCGGGAUUUCUUCUGGGUUUUCUUGUAUUUCUUGGAAUGCAGCUUCUCCCUCCAAUAAUGGCAGAGUGCCCCUUAAAGUUGAGUGGAUCAAACGUUACUCUGGCAGCUUCCUUGUGCUCUAAUAACGAUGACAGAGGAAAGUGUUGCCGCUAUAUAAAUGCUUUCAUUGCUGUUUCUAUUGCUCAGUAUGCAAAUUCAACAAGCAACUUAGGGGUUCCUUCAAAUUUAUCUGACGUAUGCCUCCAUUCUAUAUCACAAACCUUAGAACUGUAUGGAGUUCCCCGAAAUGCAACAGCUUUCUGUGGGUUUGGGACAAAAAUUCCAGUAAAUUAUGAGUGUAAGGGCCGAACAACUGUUACACAGAUGCUGCGGUCUCCAAAAUUCAUUGAUGUCAUGGAAAAUUGCAAAGUACCACUUUCGGAGGAAAGUACUUGCAAGAAGUGUUUAAAUGCUGGCAUUGUUUAUCUUCAUCAUCUAUUAGGAACAGAAGAUAAUAUAACAUUGAGUACCUGCCGGGACGCAACUUUUGCUGCACUGGCUAGUCAAGUUGAUGAUGCUUCAGCUAUUGGCAUUGCAAGCUGUUUCUUUCAAGUCCAGGGGCUUAACAUCCUACCAGUUUCAGAGCCAUCCCCAUCAUCCACCCCAAAGGCUUCUCCGAGCCCUUUGGUGGCUUCUAGCCCAAGCCAACACUCGUUGGGUCUUCCCAUAAGUGAAAAACAUCAUUCCUACCACUUGACAAUGGUUCCAGGUAUUGGGAUUGCAGUAACAGCUGUCGCUGUAAUGAUGCUUUUAGUCUUGAUAGUUCUCAUUCGUAGGAAAAGUAAAGAGCUUCUGGAGUCUGAGAAUAUAGAUAAAAAAUCAUCAAAAUCCUUUCCCUCAACUCCUGCUAUGAGGAAAUUUCAGGAAGGUGCUCCAUCUAUGUUCCGAAAAUUCAGCUACAAGGAAAUAAAGAAGGCGACAGAAACAUUCAACACGAUCAUUGGACGAGGGGGAUUUGGAACUGUGUACAAAGCUCACUUUAGUGAUGGUUUAGUGGCAGCAGUGAAGCGGAUGAACAAAGUUUCAGAGCAGGGGGAGCAUGAGUUCUGCAGAGAGAUAGUGCUCCUUGCUAGAUUGCAUCAUCGUCAUCUUGUUUCUCUAAGGGGUUUUUGCAGUGAGAAACAUGAGAGGUUUCUCAUGUAUGAAUACAUGGCAAAUGGUAGCUUGAAGGAUCAUCUUCACUGUAUGCUACUCCAUCUCCCGAAUUCACUUGCUUUGAGAAUGGUGUUGUAAAACCACUUUAUGGAAAGGGAUGAUUUGAUGGUGUUUUUCAUCCCAUUUGAAGUCCAUUGUUUUAUCUUUUGGUGCCUCUCUGUCUCUGUCUGUCUGUCUGUCUGUCUGUCUGUCUGUCUGUCUCUCUCUCUCUCUCUCUCUCGGUGGAAUCCCACUUAAUAUGGUGAUUGUCACCUUUCCGAAUGAUAUAUUCAGGCAUCCAAAAGCUAUGGAAGACGACAUAAAAUCAUUCUCUUAUUUUGUUUCCAAACCAACAUUUUUUUAAGGCCAUUAAUCUAUCCUGAAUAUGUUUACUCACGUGUAUGCAGCUCCAAAUAGAACUCCUCUAACUUGGCGGACUAGAGUCCAAAUUGCCAUUGACG